AUUCUUUAUAUUUUUAUUAAAAAAAAUCGUUCCUAUAUUGUUUCCCAAUUACAAGUAUGGGUAAAGUAAAUAAAAAUAAUUUAAAAACAAAACUACUCGAUAGUAAAUCACCAAAACAAAAGCUAAAUUCUAAAGAAAAAUCAAAAGAUGCCUCCGCGGAUGUGGUGACAAAAGACAAGAGUAAACUCUUGCUGAACAAAACUAUUACUCCCAAAAAAACCACAAGUAAAAAGGAAAAACAUCGUGAAAAACGUAAGAAUCUGAUGAACAAAUUUACUCUCAUCAGAAAACAACAGAAAGAGGAAAAAGCACGCAAAAAUCGUGAAAAGACUGCUGUUAUUGGUGAUUUGAAACCCCUGAAAGAUGCUUUACCCUCGCUGGAUGACAUUUUCAAAUUGUCCAAAGAGAAAGAUCAAUUGAAAACUGGCCUUAAGGAGUUCGAGGCCAGCGGUGAAGAAAAACAUUUAAGUGCUAAACAAAAGAUCAAGAAGAAAAAGGAAAAGUUCAUGAAGCAAGUUAAAUCGUAUCAAUCGAUAUUGAAAGAUCCAGAAUUUAAGAAGAAUCCACGAGAGGCCAUUAGAUUUCACAUACAAUAUACACAUGGAUUAGUAGAGGAAUAAAAUGUUGCCACAAAAAA